AUGCGCGUCCUCGAAAGUCUGGCGCUGAGCCUGCUACAGGCAGGCUUGGUCUCGGCGCAGACCAAGUACGCCGACAACCAAGUCACCGUCCGUCAAGACGGCGAGCGUGUAAUCCCCUUGUUCCCCGAUGUGGACAUUGAGCUGCUCUCGCCCGCAUUCACGAACCCGGAGACCGUCCCCGCGGGGUGGAACAAUGGCACUUCGGGACCUACGAAUCAAGACACCCUAGGUAAGGACUCCAGACAAACGUCAGGGAAAUUAAAAGUACUCUUUCAUAGCCUGGCGGAUAAACACGGCUGGGCAUCAUACCACGUCCCCUCCUUCACCUCGGAAGACGGCCGCUCGGUCCCCUACGUCAACCUCUCCCUGUCAUCCACCUCGGAGCGCAACAACGGAAAACUGCGCAUCUGGCUCCAGGGAGGCGUCCACGGUAACGAGCCGGCAGGCGACCAGGCCAUCCUCGCGUUCCUGGGGAAAAUCAGCUCCAACGAGACGUGGGCCUCGUCCGUCCUGUCCAAGGCAGACAUCCUGGUGCUGCCGAGAUACAACCCGGACGGCGUGGCGUACUUCCAGCGGGAGCUGGCGUCGAAUUACGACCCGAACCGCGACCACGUCGCGCUGCAGCGCAAACAGACGCGCGACAUCAAGAAGCUGCUGGCGGCGUUCGACCCGCACAUCUUCCUCGACGCGCACGAGUUCACGGCGAACCAGAGGAUCGGCGCGCAGGGCCAAUGGGUCAAGAGCGAGGACGUGCAGGUCUCGCACGUAAAGAACCCCAACAUCCACCCUGCCAUCCGCGCCCUCGGUGAGGGUCUCUUCCUCAACUCCAUCCAGGACCGCGUGCGAAUCCACGGCCUCCGCACCAGCGCGUACUACACCUCCUCCAGCGGCACUGACCUGCCCGUCCUCACGGAGCCCAGCUCCAUCUCCCGCGCCGGACACAACUCGGCCGGGUUGCUGCAGGCGGUUUCGUUCCUCACGGAGACGAGGGGCAUCGCGCUCGCGGACCAGCACUUCCAGCGCCGCGUCGCAGCAGGGUUCAUCGCCGUCGAGACGCUCGUCCAGACUGCCGUUGACAAUGCUAAGGAGGUGUACGACACCAUCGAGGCCGCGCGGGAGGAAUUCGUCGCGGGGACGGAGGACGUGAUUGUCGUGGACCACGCGCGGGUGACGGAAGUGACAUGGAACUUUAUCGACACGCGCAACGGCAGCAUCAUCCGCGCUCCGGCGCAGUUCCGCAACAGCACGCCGACGCAAGUGGAUCUCGCGCGGGCGCGGCCCGAGGCGUACGUGUUCCCGCGAGCGUGGGCCGACGUCGCGGAGCGUCUGGAGGUCCUCGGCGUCGAGGUCGAGACGCUCUCGGAAGAUUUCGUCGGCGAGGUCGAGGUCCUCACCGCCGACAAGGUGCAGCUGAAGGAUUACAAGUACGAAGGUAUCGUCGAGGCGACGAUUUCCACGACGAGCAGCCGCCGGACGGUCCGGGUGCCGAGGGGCGGGUUCAGGGUGAGCACGAGGCAGAAGAAUGCCGCGUACGCUUUUGUGACGCUUGAGCCGGAGAAUAAUGCUAGUUUUGCGACGUAUAAUAUCAUCGAUAUCGAUGAGGGCGAUGAGUAUCCCGUCUUUAGGGUGCUUCAGGGACAAUAG